AUGUCGCUCUCGUCGCUUGCUGAUGCGUUCGCCCCGUUCAUUAGGGAGAUCCAGUCGACCCGGUACGCGGAACUCGCGUCAAGCGCUAUCGUAAUAUACGACCAUUUGAUCACCUUGGACCAGGAGAUAGACCUAAUAUGGAAGGCUUCAUGGACACCCGGAAAAGUAUUAUUCUUAACGAACCGCUAUUACGUUCUUGCAAGUGUAAUAUUCAACAACUACGAACAGUUCUCUUCACCACACAUCUCUCCGACUCGUUGUACGUGCCUUCGUAUCAAAGAAAUUUUGCAGAAUCAAUCUCACAUUGCUCGCUGUCUUUUCCGCGGGAUUAGCUGCGUUAAAUGGUUUCGAUGGCAAGGCACGACGGGCUUGCUAGUGUCCACGAUAGCCGAAAUCAUCCUCCAACUGCGACUCUACGCGCUGUACCACCUCAACCGACGCGUGCUCGUGCUCAUGUGCGGGGCGUUCCUGGUCUCAGCAGGCACAGCGGCCGUGAUCAUGGGCAUGGUGCUCGCGCGUAUAUCAGGUGCGUCUCCUCCGCGCGUCCUCUCCGCGCCCUUCCAACGCCAGCCAGCGCACUCGGGCCUCAUCCCGGGCCUGCCGUUCUGCAUCCCCGUGAACGUGCCCUCGUGGUUCUACACGUUCUGGAUCCCGACGCUCGGCUUCGAGAGCCUGCUCUGCGCGCUCGCGUUGUUCCGCGCGUUCAAGGACUUUCGCAGCCGCACGAGCCUCUUCCAGAGCGGGCGGCACAUCGUGAAGAUAUUGAUCCGGGACUCGGUGAUUUAUUACCUCAUUAUGUUUGCGACGUACUUUACCAACCUCGUCAUAUUCCUCACUGGCAACGUUGGCGUGCUCGAGUCCGGGAUCGGGUUUGCGGUGACGAUGUCGUGCGUGAUGGGCAGCCGGCUGUGCCUGAACAUCCGCGACGUGCACCACGAGCUGGAGGUGUCGACCGCGUCGCAGCAGCAGCAGCAGCAGCACCUCACGCAGCCGUCGUUCGUGUCCGGCGGGCGGAGUGCGUACGGGACGGCGAGCCGCGGGACGAAUAUCGUGGUUUCGAGCACGUAUGCGCUGACGGAGUUUGAGCUCGUGGAGUUGCGGAAUUUGCGGGCGCAGGGGAAGGUGUAG